UACCCGUUUGAGCACUCGUGUCGUGAUCGCUGUGUCUGUCAAGUCGAUAGCAAUAAUCACCGUCGCGGUUAGACAACGAGAUAGAGUUUCCUUUUUGCGAGGUACCUUCACAAUCUUAAUAACAACACCAUGAGGGAGAUCGUCCACAUCCAGGCCGGCCAGUGUGGUAACCAAAUUGGAGCCAAGUUUUGGGAAAUCAUCAGCGAUGAGCACGGCAUCGACCCAACUGGAACUUAUCACGGUGACUCCGAUCUUCAGUUGGAGAGAAUCAACGUUUACUACAAUGAAGCGUCCGGCGGAAAAUACGUGCCACGUGCCAUCCUCGUCGAUCUGGAACCUGGCACUAUGGAUUCUGUACGUUCGGGACCGUUUGGACAGAUCUUUAGACCAGAUAACUUUGUGUUUGGUCAGAGCGGCGCUGGUAACAAUUGGGCUAAGGGUCACUAUACCGAGGGCGCUGAAUUGGUAGAUUCGGUUCUCGACGUUGUAAGAAAGGAGGCUGAAAGUUGCGACUGUCUGCAAGGAUUCCAGCUCACGCACUCCCUCGGCGGUGGUACCGGUUCCGGUAUGGGUACCUUGCUCAUCUCCAAGAUCCGCGAGGAAUACCCUGACAGAAUCAUGAACACGUAUUCCGUUGUGCCGUCACCGAAGGUGUCCGAUACAGUCGUCGAGCCAUACAACGCUACUCUAUCCGUGCACCAGCUCGUUGAAAACACAGACGAAACAUAUUGCAUCGACAACGAGGCUCUUUACGACAUUUGCUUCCGCACUCUAAAACUGUCAACGCCCACGUACGGAGAUCUUAACCAUCUCGUUUCCCUUACGAUGUCCGGUGUAACCACUUGCCUAAGGUUCCCCGGCCAGCUGAACGCUGAUCUCAGAAAACUCGCUGUGAACAUGGUACCAUUCCCACGUCUCCACUUCUUUAUGCCAGGAUUUGCACCUCUCACAUCUCGCGGUAGCCAACAGUACAGAGCGCUCUCUGUACCGGAACUCACCCAACAGAUGUUCGACGCCAAGAACAUGAUGGCCGCUUGCGAUCCCAGACACGGAAGGUACCUCACAGUCGCUGCCAUCUUCCGCGGUAGAAUGUCGAUGAAGGAGGUUGACGAACAGAUGCUCAACAUUCAGAACAAGAACAGCUCGUACUUCGUUGAGUGGAUCCCGAACAACGUGAAGACUGCCGUUUGCGACAUUCCGCCACGUGGUCUCAAGAUGUCGGCCACUUUCAUUGGCAACUCCACCGCCAUUCAGGAGCUGUUCAAGCGCAUCUCCGAACAGUUCACUGCCAUGUUCAGGAGAAAGGCUUUCCUUCACUGGUACACCGGCGAGGGUAUGGACGAGAUGGAAUUCACAGAGGCGGAAUCGAACAUGAACGAUUUGGUGUCCGAGUACCAGCAAUAUCAGGAAGCCACUGCGGAUGAGGAUGCUGAAUUUGAUGAGGAACAGGAAGCUGAAGUCGACGAGAACUAAGGGGGAGAAAAAAAAAUAGCAUCCCGCGGCGGAAGCAGCAGCAUUCUUGUCCUCUUCUUUCCUCUCUCAAUCGAGCGAUAACGCAACACACACCUCUCCUACCCUUCAUCCAUGCUUUCUAACUCGACUUCUACGUUAUCUCUCUUUUGUAUCUUUUUUGUAUGGACUUGUAUUUCGAAUUUUGCGGAGCGCGCGUGCUUUUCGUUUACCCUUCCUCCUCCCGUUUAUAAUACACACCGUGUACUCGGUGCGGAUAAUUCGAAAAGUUUCAGUUUUGAAUUAUUUUCUAUAAAGUAUUCCUUUAUAUAUAUAUAUAUCCUUCUUCACAAUAAAAUAAUUAUUUAAUUUACGCGCGCCUGUACAAUCAUCCAGUGUAUACCCGCUAAAAGCGGCCGCUUACCAUAUUUGAAUAAAUUAUUAUCAUACGAA